GGGCGCCAAGACUAGAGGGCGAUGUUGAGGAUGCCAACAAGCGAUGGUGAGGACGCCAACAAGCGAUGUUGAGGACGCAAACAAGCGAUGUUGAGGACGCCAAGACUCGAGGCCGAUGACUGUGAAAGCCGCAAGCCAUUGCUCGUCGCGGCGUCAUGUGCAAGUGCUGUGGACGUCAGACCUGGAUUAUCGAUCAUUGGUCCUGUUGGGUUCGCGGGAGGAGAGUGCUCUGAAAGGGAGAUGGGAGGUCAGGGUGGCCUGCCAGCUACGCCUCCUGAUCAAGAGGUGGGCAUGUCAGACGACUCGGAGGACGACCAUCCGCGUGCUCCUUUGAAACCGGGCUUGCAUGUAUCUCGCCGCCACGGUUUGCUUGGGCAGUCGACGCCACAUGGAGGCGGCGAUGGCGAACGGUUGCGACAGGGCUCAGAAUCGACAACUCCUCGUUGUCUGGUCGAAAGGAUCGGUUCGUUCGUUUGUGGCAUGCAGGUGGCCGAGGUUUCGCCUGAAGAUCGAGCGGGUGGUGUGCAGGUUCGAGAGCCGGGAGGCAAGCGCAACUUGCCGGAUGAGGAAGAGCAAGAGGGACUAGGUGCUUUGAAAAGGCAGAGAAAGGUAGGAGGGAGUGCUCGGACGCCAACAACACGAGAGGGGGGUUCCGUUGAGAAGAGGAAAAGGGUUGGAGGUGGGGAUGAAACGCCAAGAGACUCGUCGACACAGCGAAGAACCGGUGAGUCUUCCGGGAAAAGGGCGAAAUCAUCGAGGGGGAAGAAAGCAGACGAGGGCGAUAGCGGGGAGGGGGAUGACGACGUGGACAUUAACCUCAAUGCCUUUAACCUCGACAAGGCGUUCUUCCUCGAGAUGCAGACAUGGGUGCAGAAGGACGUCAUGUUGCACAUCCAUCCCGAAAGAAUAUUAGUUAUUCCUGACUUGGAAGACGCGUACAACCACCGAUCCUUGGACGAGUUCCUCGUUGAUACCAUCGCGUUGGCUAUGAUCGACUGCUACGAACGUAAAGACAUGAGAUACACGAAGCCCAUUUUCGUUCUCGCUCCGAUCGUCGCGCCUCCAGAGAACGGCGAGCCUGCUGUGCGCGUGCUGCUUGCUGACUUCGACAACUCACACCCGGAGAGAUACUGGUAUUAUCCUGUGUGUGGACAGCAUAACGCGAGGGCGGCGAUGAUGGUGAAAGACCAUCCCGUGUUUGAUUACUACAACUUCUGUAAAUGGCCGUUCAGACCGAUCUACUUCCCUGACGACGAGUUCGACGGCUACGCCCAUGUCAGCUUACAUGAAAGACAAGAAGAAUCCACCGCGCUUGCAGGGGUUGAAGAAACACGUCUGGUAAGUGAAGGUGGACGCCCGUCGUUGAAAAAGGGCAGGGGGAAGCCAAAGAAAGGCGCAGAGGAGAAAACUUUCUACGUCCAAGUUUCUGAGCCGGAUGCCCACUGCUGGAAGGAAUUGGUGGACUUCACGGACUGCGAGAAGAAAAGGUUGUUGAACGGCGUCUUGAACCUUAACGUCGUGUGGGUUCAAACGAGUAGCAAAAAGUUGGCCGAGCAGGGGAAGUUCAGUGUCAAGCAGAUGGUCGACAUAAUAAAAAUGGACCGGAUUAUGCUGAGGCUGUGGCACUACCUGGAGUUCGAGUACGAGGAAAUAGAUAAGCGGGAGUGGAAUGCCAACUCCACGUUCUUCAGGUCGAAGAAGCAACUGUUCGAAGAGUUCAAGGACAGAGGUCUCGACGACAAGCUUUGGAACGAGAGCAGGAAAUUUUUCACGGACACCACAUAUGUCAACAAGUGCCCUCAGUUUCUCAGGUGUCAACACGACAACAACAUCAAGAGAACAGCGGCCCUCGUCAACGACCAGCAUUUCCGGGCGGGGUGGAAGCGUAUCGUCCUUUCGGUGAUCACUGGAGAUCACGCCAAAGGCAAAAAAGGCCCUCGGGGCGUUGAUGAAUGCAUCAACAUUAUGGUGACAAGGACAAGCGCCUUGACGAUGCUGGCCCAGUUUAACGUUGACCCGUUGAGUGCCAUAGAUCAUAAGCAGGCGCUGGGAAAACUGGGGCAUCAGCUACGCUCCCACACUUGCGUGCUCGACUUGUGCGGUGUUGUGGACUUUGGGGCAUUCGCGUCUUUGAGUGACUUGCUGGGCUUUGUUUGUCAGGACUACUGGACAUUGGUGGUAUUCGUCUCCUGCCUGUGGAAACUCUCCUUUAUGAGAUGUUUGUCUGCGCUUGGGGCGACCCGAUGCUACAUGGGGAAGUGGGUUCGGAAGACGGCAUCGAAGAAGACACAUCAGUUCGGAAACAGCAUCUCGGAGGAGCCGGAUGUGAUGCACAUCCUUUUCAAAGGCGAGGAUCCUUGGCUACUGACUCACCCGGUGUACGAGGGAGAUGUUGCUGAAGACGACGCCGCCGCUCUCCGGAGGAAACAGAAAGUGACACCCACGGAUGUGGAGGAGAAGUCUUUCAAGUCUUUGACUUUCGCGGACAUAAGAAACCUGACCCAGAGGGGGGCUCUGUACAAGGACGGCGAGCGGAAUCCGAAUCAGUUGUGCAAUCAGCUUCUUUUCUUUUGUGGUGUGGUGGAUGCCGUGCUGUUCUUGGGCAAGCCGCACGCGCAGGUGGUGUGGAGUCUGCUUCAGCAGGGAAGGCACGUCUUGGCCGUGGAUGGGGACACAACGCAGCUCGAAUACACCGUGCAGUAUGUCACCCAUGAAGUGUCCUCCAAGGCUUACCCAUGCGAUUUCCACCAUGUCGUGGUCGAGCCCUGGUCGGUGUGCUUGGAGGAACCCGGAAGAGGCCGCAACCCACCUUUACAGCGCGAUUAUUUGGACCCGCACGAGAUAAUGGACCUCGCCUACUUCCAAGAUCGGACGGCUUCCGAGAAUGAGGAGGUAGAAAWAGAAGCGGAAGAAGAAAKCUCGAAAGAGGACGAAGAGAUCGAAGAAGAGACCGACGARGAAGAAACUCMYGAAGAGGGGAGUUAUAGUGAGCACAGCGAAGGGGAGCAAAGUGAAGAGGAGGCGGAAGAAGAGCAAGAUGACGACGAAGAAGAAGAAGAUCGGGAAGAGUUGGAAGAGUCGGAGUGGGAAGGAUUUGAGGAGGAAGUGCGCGACGAGGCUCGAGCGCAAAAGAGGGAAAAAAUCGYGGUCGGGAAGAGACAGUUAGAGUUCGCCAGCGCAGCCGGUCSGCCGUGCACCRGUGAUCCGGCCCGAGAUUUGGAGCCACCUAAGYYYGAGGAUGGAGAGACAGCUGCCRAGACUUUGGYCGCACCAGCGCRACGGCGACGAAGCCAAUCCCCCUCCCCCUCCGCCUCCGACCGCCCACCAAGUCGUCCACGUACCGAUGCGGGGCAUCGGGCUUCRUCCCCAGUCSUUAUCCCGCCGUCCCCUUGACCACCUCUCUUUCCGCCAGAUCUCUACUCGCGUCACCUUCCCCGACAACCCCUUCCCCAUCGAUACCUUCCGCUUCUUCUACACCACCCGUCUC